AUGUUGAAUCGAGCUAAAAUUGGUGGUGGUAUUUAUUUUUAAUCACAAACUAAUUUAAAUCAAGAUAAUUUUCAAAAUUCUUUUUUGCUUUUCAACAAUGCAUAUGCUUAUGCAAAUAAUUUAGUUGAAGCUCCAACCCAUUUAAGCAUUUCUAUUAAUCAAAUGGAAAUGCCAUCAGAAAAAUAAUUACUUGGUAACUAAACCAUUUUCGCUACAGUUAUAUAACCAUAUAACAUUAUUGAAUAAGGAAAAGUAUUCAAGGCAUAAUAGCUAAUGAUUCCCAGUAAUUAGUAGAUCAAGAAGUAUAAAAUAUAUAUUCCAAAAUUCUUUGUAUUUAGAAGUUAUAUUGAAGUAAUUUUAAUACUUUUUAAAAAUCGUUAUAAUGAAAAUUUGGAAAAUUUAGAUAAUUCUUCUUGUUUAAUAGAGACAACAAUAAAUUUCGAAAACAAAACCAUUGCCUCUUAUGAGAGAAUGGUUUAAAGUCUCUCUUAUGAUUAAGAUUCUAAGGCUUUUGACUUAAGUUCUCUUUCCUUUAGUUUUGAUCCUUAUUUUCAAGAUAAGAAAAUUUUAGCAAUAGAAUUAAACUGCAAGGCUGAACCUAAUGAUAAACCAUUGUAAUACUAAAUUUAUGCUAAAACCUUAAAAUGCUAAUAAGGAGAAUUUUAUAUUGAUAAGGGUUGUUAAGUUUGUUAAUCAAAUUAAGGAUUCUACUCUGUAACUUACAAUACUACAAAAUGUUCCAUUUUUGAUAAAGAAAAAUUUGAGAAUAUUACAUCAAAUAAAAUAAAACUAUUGGAAGGGUUUUGGAGACCAAAUUAUCUUUCUGAUUAUACAGAAAGAUGUAUCAAAAACCCAAUAUUUUGUUCUGGGGGUUGGGAUGUAGGAAAUAAUCUAUGUAGUCAAGGUCAUGUUGGAGGUUUAUGCGAAGAAUGUGAUAAUUUUGAUAUAAGAGGAGAUGGAAUGUUUUAUAGAAAUUUGUAGAAUUCUUAAUGUUAUGGAUGUAAUAGAAUUUAAGAAAGUAUUAUACCAUUUGUAUUAACUUCUAUAUGGUAAGAGUAUUUAAAUUGUUAUUAGGUCUUUAAUUUCAAUUUUAAUAACUUUAAAAAGUAUUGAAAAAUCUAAUAGAUUAUUCUCAUCCCUAAAAAUUAGAUAAAGAUUUAGCAAAAUCAUUUUUAAGUUAGAUUAAGGUAAUUUAAAGUUACUAUUUAAGAUCAUGAAAGUAUUCUUAUCAAAAUGUUAUUGAAUUAUUUGUGGAUAUUUUCAGUAAUAUUUACUUUUAACACUAAUUUCUCAUUUUCAAUAAAUUUUAUUGAAUUAACAAGCAAUUCUUCAUAUUUUAUGGCUAAUAAUUUAGAUUGUUAUCUAUCUUAAUUACAAAGUUUAGAACUUAUUUAUAUCAGAAUAAUUGCUAUGUUAAUUUUGAUAGCCAUCUAAUUAUUAAUUAUAUGGUUUGGAUUCACAUGUUAUUCUUUAUGUAAAAAUUGGACUUUUAACAAAAGUAUUAUUUCAAAUACAGUCUUAUAUUUAUAUGUAUCAAAUUAUGCUGCUUUAGUCAAACAGUAAUUUAUUUGAUCAUCAAAUCAUUAGGUUAUGUUCAAUUCUUUCAAAAAGAUAAAUUUCAAAUAUAGCAUACAUACAAGGAGAUGUAUCUCUUAAUUAUGGAACAGAAACUCACAUGUCUUGGAUAAUUGGAUUUGCUAUUCCAGGUCUUGGAGUUAUUGGUAUUUUAAUUCCCUUUUCCUUAUUUUUUUUAAUGUAUAUUAAUAGGGAACAAUUAGAUUAAAUUAAACUAAGGAGGCAUAUUUGCUAUCUAUUUAAUGAAUACAAUUCUGAAAGUUAUUAUUGGGAAUAAAUUAAACUCUCAAAAAAAACAAUUAUCAUCAUUAUAUUGACAUAUUUUGAAAGUAAUGUAUUAUUAACGGCCUCAUUGCUUGGACUAUGUUUGCUUUUUUAUUAAUUAUUAGCUGUAAAGCAGAAGCCAUAUAUUAUUUAAAGUUUGAACUUUUUAGAUAUACAAACAGGAUAAAUUUGUUCUAUAACUAUAUUUAUUAGUGCAGCAAAAUAUGUUUCAGAAAAGGAAAAUGCAACACCAUUAUCAGUUCUGCUUCAAAUUUUUAUUAUUAUUUUAUGCAUCAGAUUAUGCUAUCCAUUUAUUAUUAAUAUUUUUAGAGUUUAUUUUAAGAAAUACAAAGUAGCUUUUAUUGAGUAAUUACACAAAAUAUUCAGAUCAAUAAAAGCAGAUUGUUUUCUUACUACAUAUUUGAAUAAUCAAUUAAAGAAGUUAAAUUAUAGAGAGUAACGUAGAAGAACUAAUUUUGCUAAAUUACGAUGCCAUUUAAUAUAAAUAUCAAAAUUGUAAAUAGGACAUUAAAAGUAAAAAUUAUUUAUAAGUAGACAUAUGAUUUCAGUGAUUACAUCAUAAUCAACUAUGAGAUUUCGUUAAACUGUGACGAUAACAGAUGUAGAAAUGAACAAACUGAUAAGUCCUUGA